CCCGCGAAAAGAGACAGGGGAUGAGGUUAUAAAAUUUGACCCAUUAUGACUUCAUAUUACGAAUAAUUCUGAGAAAAGAUUAAUUUCUUUUAUUAAAAAUGGGAGAUUUUCAUUCGCCGAUGAGGCUUAUUUCGCCUAGUGCCAGAGUAUUGACUCCUAAACCACAAGUUCAGCAAACUCUAGAUCUUCGGCAAAAUCAAAACAGAGCCAAAAAUUCUCUCACUCUUUUCUACAUCAACAGCGCUAUAUUUGCUAUUGUGGUUUAUGAUUUAUAUUAUGAAGUAAUAAACUACAAUCCAUUAGUUUAUAUAGAAUGGAUUUUGGCUGGUAUAUUUUCUAUAAAUUCAUUUUAUCAUUUGAUAAAGUAUGUAACAGCAAAACUGACUUUACAACCAGUUACUUUGAAUCAAAAACAAAGAAAACUUUUGGGGGUUGCGGAUAAUGAUCCCUUAUUUCAACAUGAAGUUUCUACUCCACAGAAAACAGUUGAAGCAAGCUCAGCAUUGAAUUUUUCAUGUAUGAACAUUAGCAGACACUCACUUUUAAAUGAUAGCAAGGACUACUCGACAUCUAGUUUAUUUUCAAAAAAAAAUAACUCCUUAAGUUGCAAAUCACCUGUGAGUCCUAAUGUUUCUGUUAAUAAAUCAUUAAAUAACUCACUAAGUGCAAGUUAUACUGGAGAAGAUCUUAUUCAAGAUGAAACUGAAUUACAAACAUACUUGAAAGAAGUUACUAAAAAAGACAAAGCUUCUACGCCUCAUACCACAAGUGUUGAUCAACCAUCAAAUUUAUUAAGUUCUUUUUGGUCACAUCCAGCUACUCGAAACCCUGGUGAAGUGUCACCAUUAUUAAGAAGAUGUGCUUAUCAACUAGCACCAACAAUAGAUAAAUCUAAAACAUCCAGUCCUGGAGUGGAAGAAGGAAACUCUCCUAGAGUUUUUGGUACACCAGAUGUUUGGAGAAAGUAUAGAAUUGAUUCAUCCCGUGUUAAUCAGUGGACUGAAAAUUUGCGAAUGUGGAUUAGCAAAACUGUAAUUGUAAGAGUUGCAGGAGAAAUAGAUAAUGUUUGUGCUAGUUUAGUUCGGCAUGGACUUAGCGACUCACAGCCAGGAUCAGUGGGACUAGACAAACUUAGAAAACUUGCUCAAUCUUUUUCAGCUUCACUUAUCCCUACUCUGCCCACAUUGGUUCCAUUUUUAGAAUUAUGCAGCAAUCAAGAUUAUUUAGUUAAUCGCAUAAAAACUCUUGCAAAAGGUGGAUCAAUGAGUGAAUUUAAGUGGAACUCAGGUGGAUCUCAUAAUGGCAAAGAGUGGGAUACUAGUCUUCCAACAGAUACAGCUAUUGUAAUGCAUCUAGUUGCAACAUACAUGGAUACACAACUUGAAGCACCAUUGAAUCAACCUGAUGCCCGACCAUUUACAUCUAGGCAUAUAGGAAAAUCAGGGUUUGAUUUGCCUCGUAGCAAGGGUCCUAUAAUUGUAAACCAGACUACAAAUCCGCCUCAUUAUUGCUUAGCUUUAACUGGAGAUUCUACAAGUCAGGAGUUUGAGGAUCUUCCAAGGGGACGAAACAAUUUUUUCCAUACUUUCCUUCUGUUUCUGUAUACCGUGAAAACUCGGGAUCAUGGAAUGUUGGGUAGAGUCAAUCUAGGAAUGUCAGGCGUGAACGUUCUUUGGGUUAUUGACUGAAGAGAAACACUUCAUUUUGAUAUCAUUAAAAUUGUGAAAAUCAUAAUUGACUGUAAAGAAGAAGUAUGCUAUUUUGUAAUUCUAUCAUUGAAUUUGUGACAAUGAUGAAUAUAACUAUUUUGCUAAAAAUGUACUCAAGAUGUAACAAUUGUUUUUGUAUUUAAUUGAAAUUAGUUUUAGAAAAAGUCUGCUUUUUUAUUGUUGUGACAGACUAUAUAAUUGACAAAUAACAUUGUUUGCAGGCGAGUUUCUGAUAAAUAAUUAUUUUUUUUUUUACAUUUUGUUUAAUGCAAGCUCUUAUGUAAAUGUACUUAAAUGAGAUAUUUCAUAUUGAAAUUUUUAAUGUUUACUUCCUGUAAAUUUUUGUCAUGAAUUAAACGAAUUUUUUC